GAGUACCUUAUAAUCUUGGCGGAUGAUGAACAUAUCCUCGCUUAUAGGUUUGAAUGGAAUCAGUGCCAGUACUCUUCCCGUGCUCGGAUUGACCGGCAUCGGGACUGGUCUUAGUUUAGGAUUGUCGCUUCCAACCGCAAACCUUUUAAAUCCCCUAAAACUUGGCUACGAUCAGACAGGCCCUGUGUACAAUGGCCCUGGUUCCCUGACACAGCGCCAACCCUUCAUGCUUAUGAAGCUUGAACUCGAGCAACGGGAAGCCGUCGAUCGUGCGAAGAAAUACGCUAUGGAGGAAAGCAUCAAGUCCGCCCUGGCUAAACAAACUCGCCAGCAGCAGUUGCAGCAAUCUCCUCUUACCAAAAAAACUCAGACGCUCAACCUUUUGAGUCGUAUUUACGUCGGUUCUAUUAGCUAUGACCUAAAAGAAGACUCCAUUAAAGUGGCUUUUCAGCCUUUUGGUCCAAUCAAGACCGUAACGAUGAGUUGGGACGCUGCGACGCAGAAACACAAAGGGUUCGCGUUCAUUGAGUUUGAGUAUCCGGAAGCUGCUCAUUUAGCUGUCGAGCAAAUGAAUAAUGCUAGCUUGGGGGGCAGGCAACUUAAAGUUGGUCGCCCUAGUAACUUACCGCAGGCUGAACCUCUUAUCAACGAAUUGGUAACCGAGUACAAGCUGGAAAAGAAGGUUUAUGUCUCUGGCGUCCAUCUUGAUCUUUCGGAGGAGGAUCUUGCUCUUGUGUUUGAAGCUUUUGGAAAGAUAAUGAGUUGCAAGUUGCAUGUUGAUCAGACUAAAAUGCAGAAACAUCGCGGUUUUGGUUAUAUCGAAUACGAGUCGGAGCAAUCUGCAAAUGACGCUGUAGCCAGCAUGAAUAUGUUCGAUCUGGGAGGGCAGUUUUUAAGAGUAUGCAAGGCUAUCGCGCCUCCUGACGAACCCACUACCACAACUUCCUCCAACUCUGGAAUCCCGACUGCUGCAGCACUUGCAGCUGCUUCCGCUACAGCCCGGGUAAUCGCCAUGGAAACUGAAAGCAUGGCCAAAGGACGGUCGCUCGGAUAGUAGCUUUGGAAGUGAUGGGACACCAUGGCGGUCUUGAUGGGUCGCGAAGAUUGUUCUCCGAACGCCGUACUCGUGGUGCAUUUCUUCUCCUUUAUUCCCCCUCCCCUUUCCCGUGUAACUUCGUCGUCCUUAACCCGUCUGAUGCAUAUUAUCUCCCUGUGUGCGUUUCCCUCUCGCAGCUCUCUUCUUAACCCCCUCCCUCUUUAUCAGGCUGCUUCACUCCCCUCGGAUGCUAGGGCGUCGUACGACCAAUAGAGCAAAGCAUCUCGGUAAUUAACAGCAUUCCAGUUUUCUCAUCGUCCUCGUCUCUACGUAUCAGUUUAGUAUUUGCCACGUUUAGUCGUUUAUUCUCUUCGCAUCGUUUGAUCAAAUCAAUUCCUUCGCUUUCAGUCUCCCGGUUCAAUAAACGCCACUGGAAUGCCGGAUUCCAAUGGAUCUCCCCCAGGUAUACUGUCUUGGGACCACAUAGAAGCUCAAGAAUCAGCUUCUCACCUUCAGUCUGGGUUUAACGAAGAUGACGAUAUGGGCAGCUUGGAGCACCAAGAGAAUUUCCACAUCCGCGGGCGGGAUGCUCGCAACGUGGUUAUGCAGAAAUUGCUCCGCCCCCCACUUCGCGGGUAUGUUCU